GUAAUUCAAAUAGAUUUUAUUUAGAUUUCAUUUAAUGGACAUACACAAAAUAGUAAAUAUUAGUGAAGUGAAAUGAAAACAUUUAUUUGAUGAAACAUUUUAUGGGGGGGGAAGUGGUGCGUGCAUAUGUAUUCACCCCCUUUGCUAUGAAGUCCCUAAAUAAGAUCUGGUGCAACCAAUUACCUUCAGAGGUCACAUAAUUAGUUAAAGUCUACCUGUGUGCAAUCUAAGUGUCACAUGAUCUCAGUAUACAGUUUAAGUCAGAAGUUUACAUACACCUUAGCCAAAUACAUUUAAACUCAGUUUUUCACAAUUCCUGACAUUUAAUCCUAGUAAAAAUUCCCUGUCUUAGGUUAGUUAGGAUCAACACUUCAUUUUAAGAAUGUGAAAUGUCAGAAUAAUAGAGAGAAUGUUUUGUCACAUUCACAGUGGGUCAGAAGUUUACAUUCACUCAAUUACUAUUUGGUAGCAUUGCCUUUAAAUUGUUUAACUUGGGUCAAACAUUUCGGGUAGCCUUCCACAAGCUUCCCAGAAUAAGUUGGGUGAAUUUUGGCCCAUUCCUCCUGACAGAGCUGGUGUAACCAAGUCAGGUUUGUAGGCUUCCUUGCUCGCAUACACUUUUUCAGUUCUGCCCUCACAUUUUCUAUAGGCUUGAGGUCAGGGCUUUGUGAUGGCCACUCCAAUACCUUGACUUUGUUGUCCUUAAGCCAUUUGGAAGUAUGCUUAGGGUCAUUGUCCAUUUGGAAGAUCCAUUUGCGACCAAGCUUUAACUUCUUGAGAAGGUAAGACUUGAAAUACAUCCACAGGUACACCUCUUGAGAUGUUGCUUCAAUAUAUCCACAUAAUUUUCCUACCUCAUAAUGCAAUCUAUUGUGCACCAGCCCCCCGGCAGCAAAGUACCCCCACAGGAACCCCUGGAAGAGCCCUCAGCAUUAGGCUAUUUCUGUUGCCCGAUCCUUCUGUAAAACCAGAUGUUGUCAUCAUCGGAGCUGCCACUUGGUCCAUCAAGUUGCGUAGUGGCAGCAGUGAGGCGCUGCAGCAGUACAGGGCCAACCUCACAGCCAUCUCCUUGCCUCUGGAACAACUGGCUGAGGAUGGGGAGGUCUACUGGGUUUUACAGGACCCUGUCCAUGAGGAAGUUCUGAGUGAUAACAGGAAGAUGAUUACUAACGAACAGUUGGAGCUGUACAACGAGGCGGCGCUCGGCACUCUGAACAGCAACAAGAAGAACGCCAAGGCCAGAGUCAGGUUCUUGGGCGCCUCGCGCCAGGCUGCCAUGGAAACCAUUGCCCAAUCAGCUGAUGGCCUGCACCUGCCCGAGAACACCCGGAACGUGGGUGCCAUGAUCCUGAUGAACGCUGUGUGCAACAAGGUCCUGCGGCCCAUCCACGGCUCCUGCUGCCAGGCCCUGCCGGCCCCCAGCCUCCUCCAGAAACUGACGGCCUGUGUCUUCCUGGGCUCAACACUGGUAUUCCUGGUGCUUCAUGCUCUGGGCCACAACAGGCACUGGAAGUCCCGGCCCACUCCCCCCGACGUGGAGAGUGGCGAGGAGAAGCCGGCCACGGCGGCGUCGCCUCUCAGCCACAAGGCUCCGUUCCAGGCCAUGUGUAAGAUGGGCCUCAUCAUGGCUUACUUCUACCUGUGUGACCGGGCCGACGUCUUCAUGAAGGAGCAGAAGUUCUACACCCACUCCACCUUCUUCAUCCCCCUCAUCUAUAUGUUUGUCCUGGGAAUCUUCUACAGCGAGAACAGCAAGGAGACCAAGCUGCUGAACAGAGAGCAGACCGACGAGUGGAAGGGCUGGAUGCAGCUGGUCAUCCUCAUCUACCACAUAUCUGGAGCCAGCGCUUUCAUCCCGGUGUACAUGCAUGUUCGGGUCCUGGUGGCAGCAUACCUCUUCCAGACAGGAUAUGGACACUUCUCCUUCUUCUGGCUCAAAGGGGACUUUGGACUCUACAGAGUGUGCCAGGUCCUAUUCCGUCUCAACUUCCUGGUCAUAGUUUUGUGUCUGGUGAUGGAUCGGCCGUACCAGUUCUACUACUUUGUGCCUCUGGUCACUUUCUGGUUCGUCAUAAUCUACGCCACCAUGGCCAUGUGGCCCCAGAUACUGCAGAAGAAAGCCAAUGGUAGUGGGAUGUGGCACAUUGGAAUUCUAGUGAAGCUGCUUGGGCUACUCCUGUUCAUCUGCUUCUUUGCGUAUUCACAGGGGUUGUUUGAGAACAUUUUCUCAGUCUGGCCCGUCUCCAAGCUCUUUGAGCUGAACGGAAGCAUUCACGAGUGGUGGUUUAGGUGGAAGCUGGAUCGAUUUGCCAUUAUCCACGGGAUGCUGUUUGCCUUUGUCUACCUGUUGCUGCAGAAGUGCCAGGUCCUCUCUGAGGGGAAAGGAGAGUCUCUCUUCUCCACAACAAUCUCCAACAUCCUACUCCUCAUCUCUGUGGUCUCAUUCAUGACCUACUCCAUAUGGGCCAGCAGCUGUAAAAACAAGACCGAGUGCAACGAGAUGCAUCCCUACAUCUCAGGGCUCCAGAUCCUAGCCUUCAUCCUAAUCAGAAACAUUCCCGGAUACGCCCGCUCUCUAUACAGCUCAUUCUUCGCAUGGUUCGGGAAGAUCUCCCUAGAGCUGUUCAUCUGCCAGUACCACAUCUGGCUGGCGGCGGACACCAAGGGCAUCCUGGUGCUGAUCCCAGGCAACCCCUCGCUCAACAUAAUUCUCAGCACCUUCAUCUUUGUGUGUGUGGCCCAUGAGAUCUCCCUGAUCACCAACGACCUGGCCCAGGUGGUCAUCCCCAAGGACGGGGCCGCCCUGCUCAAGAGGCUGCUGGCUGCCGGGGUCUUCACCCUGGGUCUACUUCUGAUGUCCAAGAGCGCUGAAGGGAACCAGGGAGAAGGCCACUGAGAUGAGGGGAGGGGGUACCACUGUGGGGGAGAGGUAGACCGAUUUCUAGACUAAUAAGAGUGACUGACUGGUUAGUCUUCCAUGACCCCAGGGUCGUAUUCAUUUGCCACCAAACUGAAGAAAAUUGACUGAUAGAUGUGUUCCAUUGCAAACCUUUUAAAACCUUUUGCUACGGUUUGCAUCAAUGAAUACGACAGAGUUGAACAGGCCAAGUCAAGGAUAUGGCACUGCUGUCUGUCUCUGACUGCUCUGCUCUGAGUACUGGGGUGAAAGUCAUACACUGAAGAGGACGAGGUCCCAACUUGGGCCCACACAUCACUGAACAGCACAUUAAUAAGGUACUGACUCCAUACUAUAGACGUUUACAAUGGAAGAAGGGUGAGGUGGGGGUGGAGGAUCGGGGGUAAUGGUGGGUUUGAUGAUGUGUGGAUUUUUUUAACGAAUUGUUCCCCAGAUGACUCCCUAUGCAGUGUACUAGCUUUGACUGGGCUCUGGUCUAAAGUAGUGCACUAUAUAGAGAAGGGUGCCAUUUGGGAUGCAGGUAGAAACAAAUAAAGUUUGCCUUGUGCUGAAAAGUGAGGUCAGCAGUCACCUAGCUCUGAAA